GCGUUGCGCGGCCCGGGCCGGAAGUCGGCGAGUUCCCGGGCGUGUGUCGGUGUCUGUGUCUCCUAUCGGCGCGCGGCCCGGGACGAUCGCGGGGGAUUCCCGUCCGUAGGCGUCACCACUGUCACCACCAUCACCCACGGAGCCGCUUCCAGAGCGCGGGAGACCCGGCCCUUCGCCGGGCAUUGAAGAUGUUGCCCCUGUCCAUCAAGGACGAUGAAUACAAACCACCCAAGUUCAAUCUGUUGGGCAAGAUCUCGGGCUGGUUUAGGUCGAUCCUGUCGGACAAGACGUCUCGGAACCUGUUCUUCUUCCUGUGCCUGAACCUCUCUUUCGCUUUUGUUGAACUCCUCUACGGCAUCUGGAGCAACUGCUUAGGGCUGAUUUCCGACUCUUUUCACAUGUUUUUCGAUAGCACUGCCAUUUUGGCUGGGUUGGCAGCGUCUGUUAUUUCGAAAUGGAGAGAUAAUGAUGCUUUCUCUUAUGGGUAUGUGAGAGCGGAAGUGCUGGCUGGCUUUGUCAAUGGGCUGUUUUUGAUCUUCACUGCCUUCUUUAUUUUCUCAGAAGGAGUUGAGAGAGCGCUGGCGCCGCCCGACGUGCACCACGAGCGGCUGCUGCUGGUCUCCGUCCUCGGGUUCGUGGUGAACCUGGUGGGGAUAUUCGUGUUCCAGCACGGAGGCCACGGGCACUCGCACGGCUCUGGCCAUGAACACAGCCAUUCCCUCUUUAACGGUGCUCUGGACCAGGCCCACGGCCACGGGGACCAUUGCCACAGUCCGGAACUGAAACACGGCGCUGCGCACAGCCACAACCACGCGCACAGCCAUGACCAUGGACACUUCCACUCCCACUCCCACGAUGGUCCCUCCUUCAAACAGACAGCAGGACCCAGCAGACAGAUUCUACAAGGUGUGUUCCUGCACAUCCUAGCAGACACGCUGGGGAGCAUCGGGGUGAUCGUGUCCGCCCUCCUGAUGCAGAACUUUGGUCUGAUGAUCGCAGACCCUAUUUGCUCCAUCCUCAUAGCCAUGCUCAUCGUCGUGAGUGUCAUCCCUCUCCUGCGGGAGUCGGUGGGCGUGCUGAUGCAGCGGACGCCGCCGCAGCUGGAGGGCGCCCUGCCGCAGUGCUACCAGCGGGUGCAGCACUUACAAGGAGUCUACAGUUUACAAGAACAGCACUUCUGGACCUUAUGUUCUGACGUGUACGUCGGGACCUUGAAGUUAGUAGUAGCACCUGACGCUGACACCAGGUGGAUUUUAAGCCAAACACAUAAUAUUUUUACUCAGGCCGGAGUGAGACAGCUUUACGUACAGAUCGACUUCGCAGCCAUGUAAGGAGCGAAAAACUGCUGCUUUGGGGACUGCGUUUUUCUGGUACUGUACAAUCCCGAACGUGUACCCAGCUUUCCAAGACAGGUCGUCACUACAGCGCCAGCCCCAGGUAGACCAGAAUGCCCGGUCAGCACUACGCGGGCGGUCACUGCUGGGGGACCAGGGCGCGGACCCUCCCCUGGACUUGGGUCUGGCCCUGUGCUCUCCCCUCCGCACCAUUGUGAUUUCUGAGAUUCUGCCUUUGUCCCAGGAUGUUGCUUUUUGUUUGUUUCUCCUUUUUCUUUUUUCGUUUCAAAUGUCCUCACGCCACCCCUCCUCUUGGCCAGUAAGAAAUUCAGAUUGUGGGCCUCCAGUUGUCUGGACCGUCUCCACUGAGGCCGCUGGAAACUGCUGCUCUCAUUCCCACAAAACCAGUGUUCUUAAAAAAAAGAGAGAGAGAGCCGGGAAUGUGUUUUAUAUGUAAUGUCACACUCGCUGACGUUCUUCGGUGUAAUCACAUGUUUGUAAAAUUGUUUGUACCUUGCAAACUUAUGAACCAAACCAUAUUGGGUUUUCAAAGUGCCUUCGCCUCAGAAAGUGUCUGCCAGCACCCAAGGUCAUGUUGUUUUUCUAAGUGGAUAUUCUGUAAUCUGCACAAAGUAAGACUCUAGUUAGCGGUGUGUACAGUCUGUCUUUCUGUGAACUUCCAGCAGAGGUUUAGAUAUCUGGAAAGUUUCCGUUCAUUGCUAUAUCUCAACAAAAAAAUAAAAGGUGAUUUUUUUUUCUUUUUAAAUCAGAUUCAA